AUGACUGACCGCGCCUCCUCCGCGACUCACAGAACCACGUCAAGAUCAGGAUUGUCGCCACUCCGACCCACGAUCGCGAACCAGAAUCGCAAGAACAUUAUCACCUCUGCCACUCAAGCCCACCAGAAUCCCAUCAACAACAACAAACUCAGUCAAGAUGCCUCCCAAGGCCGCCGCCGCCGCUGCUUUUUUGAGGGCGCCGCUUCCGGCCCCGUCAUCAAUGGCCAGCCUCUCACUCUGAAGGAACUCCAGGCCGUCUGCGCCAUCCUGGAGAACUUGACCACUAGGAUCGACGCCAACUGGGAGCUGGUCGCCAAGUCGCUGGGCAUGCAGAAUGCCAAAAGCGCCAAAGAGGCCUGGCGCGUCUUGCGCAAGAAGUGUAACCUCAAUCCUGAUGGUCUUUCCGAUGGCGCUGCUGGCGCUGGCGCUGUCCUUGCCACCGUUAGCAGCGCAAAGAAGGCGGUUGUUUCCGCUGCUGCUGCUGGCACCGAUGGCUCUGACGCCGGAGUUGGAGUCACCCCCGUCAAGCGCGGCCGUGGCAGACCCCCCAAGAAGACAAUGAUGCUCACCCCCAGCACCACCGUCAAUGAGGGAGGAGACGCCAUUUCCACUCCCGGCACGGCCAUGGCUAACCUCUCUUUUGGCGACAUGACGCCUGAGACACCCUCGAAGAUUGGCUCAGGCAUCAAGCGCAGCGCCGAGGAGGCCGACCCCGAUGCGAUCCUUUUUGACGAAACUCCCGCCAAGAAGAAGCCUGCUCCCAGCAAGCAUUUGACUGUCAAGCAAAAGGCUGAGCUGGCGGCGAACAAAGCCGAGAUGGCUGCUGCCCAAACGGCUGAGGAGGUGGCUGCUGCUAGCGCCCUUGCUGCUGCUGCCAUUGACGAGCCCGUCAACGACCCUGCCACUCCUGGUUUGGAGCCUGCUUCCUCUCCUGUCGACGGUGCCAACGGCCAUGAUGGCGAUAGCAUCUUGGUUGCUAUGGAUGGAAGCUCUCACGUUGAGCAAGCCAUCGGUGACAUCUUGGCCUCUGAUGCGACUGAGGCUGCUGAUCUGGUUGGCGGCAUUGAUCCUGGCGAGGUUUAG